AUGGCGGAUCCAGGAACAAUUUUAGGGAUCUUUGGUGGCGCCCUUCAAAUCAUCAGCUUUACCGGCGAGCUCAUCAACCUGACUAGGAAGAUUGUCGAGACUGGCUCGCCCGAUCCCGCUCUAUCUACACCGUCAGUGGCUUUGUGGGGCCUGUCUGAACAACUGGAGCAAUCGUUAUCGGCACUUGAUUCAGCCGGUGUCUGCACCGAAGAGCACAAACAACUUCAGAAGACCGCACAACAGUGCGUGAUCGCUGCACGCGCUAUGGCCGAUGAGGUUGAGAAGAUAGACUGGACAACGGACAAAACGACCUCGGAUUCUAAACGUCACCGCUUCUUGUCCCGAGUUCGCGGGAAGCUCGGAUCCAAGGAGUCGGAGGCAAACGCAAGCAGCAACGGGGACGGUGCAAAUUUGGCAUCUUCCACACAGCGUCUUAAGAGGCAUCCACUUAUCCGUCCAGAAGUCCCACUCGACAGGAUAAUGGGAGGAGAAUUUCGCAAACUCAGGCUACAGGAUCUCACAAGAGAGGAUGUUUCUGUGACAGUCAGGAACUUCCUUAGUGACUUCUCGCUUUCUGGUACGGGAAGCAAUGCCAACAACAACGAAGCGAUUCGUGAUAAGAUCAUAAACCUAGUCAUCGACCGGUCAGAGGGUGUCUUUCUAUGGGUUCACCUCGUCCUACACAGGAUCCACAACGGGCGUGAGGCCAUCGGCUCUCUGGGCGAGGUCCCGAGGCGAAUCGAGAAAAUGCCAACAGGUGUUGAGAAUUUGUACAAGCAGACAUGGCAGAGACAUGGCGAAGACGAGGAAGAUUACCGUGCUGAGGCAGCGGAUUACUUUCAGCUGGUGAUCCAAUGGCACACGCUGCCCCCUAGCUUGUCAAGUAAUGUGGAGGUUUCCGAUGAAGAUAGUUUAUCUUUACUCGACGUAACGAUCUCAUCCAACGACAGAUGGCGCCGACAAAUUCUCCACCGCAAGCACACACCAAUACUGAGACUUGCUCGUCGCAAUUGA